AUGCCCAACUGCAAUGAAAUACCUGCACCUUCACCAUCCGAUGAUACUCAAUGUGUUUCACUAAGUGAAAUUGAACUUAUUGAUAUCUUUAGUCGAAAGCGCUCUUCGCUUCAAUUGCAACCCUUUCAUUUAUAUCCCAAUGAGGCUUUGGUCUAUCACAGUUACAUUGGAUGUGCACCAGUGUAUCCAACGGUUGCUAUAUCUCUCUGUACCCUUGCUGCAUACCGCCAAAUGCGCUGUGUGUGCCCUUUAUUUGGGUUUCAAGCACAGUGUAGAGCUUUCUGUUUUCUUCAUGAUAUCCCUUAUAGGCCUUACCUCAUGACACAAUUAUCUUCUGCCUUCAAUGUCUAUUUGAAAAUUCUCCAAUGUGUUGACCAACACCUUUGCAUAGCCCUGAAAUGUGAUACUCCGAACUGGCGCCUUCUAAACUCCCGCCCCACAUGCUUUUACAAACUCGACGAUGAGCCCAAACUUGAAUUCAAGUGGCUUGUAUCAGUCGAUGGCAACAACAGCCUGAAGAGAUGGGACAAAUGCCCAACUCGAUUCCCGAAAGGCUUGCUUUGUGCAGAUCAGUGGAAGAACACUGGUCCAGAAACUCGGAAGAAGAUGUUUUCUGUGUUCGAUCAAUCAAGAAUCUUCAUUGCGGCAUGUCACCAUCGUGGAGAAUUGGCAAAAUACCCACUUGCCAUCAUCGACAAACUGCUUACGGUCUAUGGCAAGAAUGGGGCAUGA